UGCCUUUCUAAAGGUGUCAUCAAUUUUAUUGAAACAAAAAGUUGUGUUGGAGGGCUCGUUUAGUGCGACAGAGAACCAGCGAUCAUCGAUGAUCGGGUUUCGGGAGAAUGGAAUAAACCAGAAACUGAGCGACUUCAUAUCCUUUCCCCAUGACUCCCAAGAAACCUCAACAGUGGCUGCAAGUGGUGGGACAUGCAGGGAGCUUUCAUGUCGGAGAAUAUGGCACACUCUUGAAGAGGUUUUGUGAAGGAGAGCAGCAAUGCUACCUGAGGCUGAUGGAGGACUCUUUGAGGCCUUUUGUCCCAGGAUACUAUGGUGUGGUGCAGCAUGGCGAGCACGAUUACAACAUGAUGGAUAACCUGUUGAUGAAUUUUAAUGCGCCGGCCAUCAUGGACUGCAAGAUGGGAAGCCGCACAUACUUGGAGGAAGAGCUGCUUCUGGCCCGGGAGCGACCUCAGCCUCGUCACGACAUGUAUGAAAAGAUGGUGGCCGUGGAUCCGGACGCCCCGACGGUCCAAGAGAGAGCCCAACAGGCGGUGCUGAAGACCAGGUACAUGCAGUGGAGGGAGACGCUGAGCUCCACGACAACUCUGGGCUUUCGGAUCGAAGGAUUUCGGAAAUCAAAUGGAGAAUGUCACACAAACUUUAAAAGGACUAAAAGCAGGGAACAGGUGGUGGAAGCAUUUUAUGACUUUGUGGAGUCCAACACACACAUUGUGUGGGGCUAUCUGACCAGGCUCAAACAGCUGCGGCAAGUCUUGGAAGAAUCAGAGUUCUUCAGGACACACGAGGUUGUGGGAAGCUCCUUACUGUUUGUGCACGACUACACAGGAAAAACCGGAGUCUGGAUGAUUGACUUCGGGAAGACCGUGACGUUGCCGCUGCACCUUACCUUGGACCACCGGACCCCAUGGGCGGAGGGUAAUCGGGAAGAUGGCUACCUGUGGGGUCUGGACAACCUAAUCAAUAUACUAGCCAACAUGUUGCCUCUGACGUGACUCUCUUCUGAAAACACAGGCGGAAGUUUACCCUCAGCCCUUAAUUCACCGCUUACAAUGAAUGACUGCGCUUAAACUGGCUUAUGAAAUCGAGGGAACGAAUCAGGAUGCAGUAUUGAUCGAAAUCGUCUGUGUUUUGGAGUGGAAAGAAUGUGGUUACCAGCAAUUUCUGGAAGGGUGAAAUAAUAGCUAGAUUUGACAUUAUAUAGCAAAUCCAGGGUUUUACUGAUUAGGUCUAAGCUACACUGUGGCGGAGCCGUGAAUUAAGUCAGGGUCUCGCCUCAGAUGGAGACGUGUGACCCCAGCUGUCGACUGAGGACCUGCUCACAUGGCUCCACCAAUUAGAAAUGAAAAAUGUCACCGCCACCCCGGCCUGUGAUGAUCCACUGAAAUGUCACGCUGUGUCAUUAAAACGGUGCUCAGACUUCAGUUUUAGCUUUUCGUUAUACUUUAUUUGUUUUCCCUUUGAUCACUGUCCCUACCUGGAAGGAGAGGAAUGUCACGGUGAUUCAACAUGCCGGCUUAUAAAUCAACAUAUUUGUGAACAUGUGUUUGCAUGGGUUUUCUCCAAGCUACUCCUUCU